UUAAAAAAGAUGUCCCUCGAAUAUACAUUUUUUUCGUAUAAUCGUUUUCUACUGUGUUUAUUAAUGUGAUAAAUUUUGUUUUACCACAAUAUAAAGGACCAGUAUACGAAGAGGUAUUAGUGAACUACAGUGUUUAGUGAUAUGGCAAAGACAUUUACACAGAAGUUUAUUUUUUAAAUGUGUGUUUCAGAUGAAUUGUGUAAAAAGAUUUCCGAGUGGUACAUCAUUAAUGGCCCGCCCGAUAGAGACGAUAUUUGCACUGUUGUUGUGCACCUCGCGUAUAGUAUUCCAAAAUGUGAGGGCGAGUGAUAACGGCACAGAAACGGCAAAAGAUAUUGUGCAUGUGAAGUCUCACAUUAAUAUAAAAUAUUUUGAGGUGCCCACUUCUGAUGAUCCAGUGUUAACAUGGGUGGAAGUGCAAAGGGGUACUUUUCCUUAUACUAGCAUUAUGGAAAGCAGCGACGUAUCAAUAGGUGAGCCGUUGACUAUUUAUGUGUAUCUUAGGGACAAAUCAAACAUGUACGAUGCGCGAGUGACGCAAUGUUGGGCGUCCGACGCGCCGAACGCACUGAAAGCCAAGAAUAAAUUUUUAUUAACCGGACUCAAGUACAGGAGAAGUAAAAUUAUCGGUGAAUGGCAGAAGUAUACACUCCCAAAGGAUAUGGAGAUCAAGAGUUUUUUGUAUACCAGUUUUAAGGCAUUCAAGUUUCCGGAAACGCAGCAAAUUUACAUUUCUUGCGAUGUGGAGUUGUGUUUCAGGUCUUGCAUAACGGGAUACAAACUAUCCAACUUAUUAUAAAAUUAUACAAAUAUUAUUUAUUAUUAUGGAUUAUUCCGAAGUAUUCCAAUUUUAGGCUUCGUCUCGGCUAAAACGUUCACUGAUGGAUUGCCUGUUCUAUACCAAAAUUUCAUGUCAAAUAUCGCAGACUUUAUCUUUUGUUUCAUGUUUUUCCUUUGAGCUGACUACAAACGGUGUACAUUAUAGUUGCAACAUUUUUUAAAAAACUGCAGCAAAAUACUUCAGUUAUUUCUUAGACAUUAGCUGACUUAAUGAUUUUAAAAAUUUUCAUUUGUUUUUUGAAUUUGUUAUUUGAAUAAAAAUAUAUUUAUUUUUUUUACAAACCACUAUAAACAAUGGAAUAAAAAAUCUUGGUGGUAUUAUGUACACAAUGUUUUGAAGAGGACGCAUUCAAAGCAACACUGUGUAAAAUAUAAAAGAGCUGAUUUUAAAAAUGUGAUAUAAUAGGAUUAUUGUUGACUUCGGACAAUGUAAAUAUGAAAAGGCGUUUUCAUACAACUUAGGCCGAUUGGGCUAUCACGUCAUUCACAUCAAUCAUAUUUUACUUAUGCCAGCACGAUUUAUAAAAUAUUUGGUACAUUUGAACUGUUAACUAAAGAUUACAUUAAUAUUUUUUGUAAAUUCACAAACUUUUAUUAUUAUGUUAAAUUUUAUUAAAAAACAUAAGACAUAAUCCAUAUUUACCUCUUUAACAUAAAUAACUUUUUGUAAGUUGAUGUAUUUAGUACGUACAAAUUAGUUUAAUUGUAAGUAGAUAA